GGAGAGCCGCGCGGCCUCGGAGCAGGAGUCCGGGCUUCCAGCUGCGAGCUCCGGUUCCCGCCAUGGCCCCCGCGCCGCCCCCCGCGGUCUCCUUCUCCCCGGCCGAGGUCCAGCGGCGCCUGGCGGCCGGCGCCUGCUGGGUCCGCUGCGGGGCCCGCCUCUACGACCUCACCGGCUUCUUGCGGCACCACCCGGGGGGCGAGCAGCUGCUGCGGGCCCGGGCCGGCCAGGAUGUGAGCGCCGACCUGGACGGGCCGCCGCACCGGCACUCGGCCAACGCGCGCCUCUGGCUCGAGCAGUACUACGUGGGCGACCUGCAAGGAGACCCUCAGGGCUCCGUGGAGAAUGGCACUGUGACCUCUGUGAACACUCGGAAGUCAGACCCUUUCAUGGAGCCAAAGCUCAAAAUGGUGGACUGGGACCAGGAUUUGGUAGACUGGCGGAAGCCCCUACUGUGGCAAGUAGGCCACCUGGGAGAGAAGUACGAUGAGUGGGUCCACCAGCCAGUGAUCAGGCCCAUCCGCCUCUUCCACUCUGACCUCAUCGAGUCCCUCUCCAAGAGUGUCUGGUACAGUGUCCCUGUCAUCUGGAUGCCCCUGAUGCUGUACCUCAGUUGGUCCUACUACCAAACCCUCGCUCAGGGCAACGUUCGACUCUUCGAGUCCUUCAGCACAGAGUACUCAGUAGCCAUGCCUGAGUCUGUGUUCCCGGGCCUCUUCAUAAUGGGGCUGUUCCUCUGGAGCCUCUUAGAGUACCUCAUCCAUCGCUUCCUGUUCCACAUGAAGCCCCCCAGCAACAGCUAUUACCUCAUCAUGCUGCACUUCGUCUUGCAUGGCCAACACCACAAGGCACCCUUUGAUGAUUCCCGCCUUGUCUUCCCCCCUGUGCCAGCUUCUUUGGGGAUUGCCUUAUUCUACCUUAUUCUACGGCUCCUCCUGCCCGAGGCAGUGGGGGGUGUUCUGUUUGUCGGGGGCCUUCUGGGCUAUGUCAUCUAUGACAUGAUCCAUUACUACUUGCACUUCGGCUCGCCACACAAGGGCUCCUACCUGUACCACAUGAAGGCCCACCACGCCAAGCAUCACUUUGCAUUUCAGAAGUCAGGAUUUGGCAUCAGCAGUAAAUUGUGGGAUCACUUCUUCCACACCCUUAUACCGGAAGAACCCCACCUGAAGAUGCAGUGACAACUCCCAGCCCCCUGGUCCGGCCCUCAGCCCAGCCGUGGCCCCUUUUCCCACCCCCGCCCCCAUCCAGACCCUGCAAAGAGGUUUGCUUGGCCAGGCAGGACAGGCUUGGCCAGGCCUUUGUGCUUGGUGGGGAAUGCUGGGGAAACCAGGAAGACUGGGGCUGACCCUGAGACUGCCAUCCUGGCCCACCACAGGUGGGUCACAUCCACUAAGCAGCCAAGUAGGUCUCAGGGACUAGCACUUUCCUGGGUCAUCCUGGCCUCUCCACUAGCAUCCCUGACCUGAGCCUUAGCCCACAGGACUGCGCAGGACCUGGCCAAUGGGGAAUUUCCCAAGGGGAAUGAAGGAAACUGACCCCUGGGGCCGGGCCUGUGUCCCACCUAUGCCUUAGCACCUUGGACUUCCUAGGACACACCCCCACAGUGGAGCUGCCAGCAUUAACAGCAACGAGCGGGUCUGCAGGGCCCAUGUCCCUCGUCUUCCUCACCUUCCUCUCCUGGGGAAAUCUGGUGGCUUUUGCUGUUCUGAUGAAUGGAGAACACAGAGGUGGAUGAAGUGCUCUCGCGAGAAGAGACAACAUGAUGCCUCCCAUAGGCCACCUCCAGUUCCCGGGACAGUGCUUUUGGACCCGCCAAUCACAAAUGCCAGCUGUACCGCCAGAUGCCUCAGGCUGCAACACAUCCAGCACCCACACACGUGGCCCUCACAUGCCUGUGCAGAUGGGUGGGGGGUGCUGAUGGGAGCCCAGGUUUCUCUCUUUAGGAAACACCAGCUUCUCUGGCCCUCCCCUCCCCUGCCAUUAGAAUCACAAAGCUUUUCCCCCAAGGGAGGCUAAAGAGGCCUCUCCAAGGGUAGGAACCCCACCCCACAUCUGGCCAUUCUUGACCUCCACCUGGCAUAGGUAGGCCUCUGCCCCCCUCACUCAGGACCCUUCCAGUACUGCCUCCUUACGCCAAGAAGGAGCCUCACGCGGUGCCUUAUCUCCCCUUUUGCUUUCCUGCACCUCCACCAGCAGAAGAGUGCCCGCCCCUUCUUCCUCAUAACCAAAACCCUCACUGCUCAUAAGAGGGUCUUAUUUAUAAACUACAUAAAUGUCCCUAGUCUGGCCCCAGACCAAGUAGCUGCUCAGACUGCCCUAUCUAAUCCUGCAUGUCAGGCUUAUGUAAAAAAAAAUGCGUCCUCUUUUUGUUCCCUUCUUACCCACAAACCGUUACUACUUGAAUUUUUUUGAAAACUCGAUGAGUGUAAAGGCUAAAAAGAAGCAGUGUGUUGGAUCCUGUGAUUUGUAUUGUUUACUGUGGAGCUAUUUAAAGAUUUCAGAAUAAAUAUACAAACUACAAUUGUGAAAUAAAGAUGUAAAUAAAUUGUAUAUUUUGAAAAAUAAAAACACUGAAAAAGUCAACAAAA